AGGACGCGGCGAUGAGCGCAGCGGAGAGUCCGGAGCGGCGCAGCGGAUCCCCGAGCACGACCAGGCGGCCAGAGUGAGCUGUGAGCCGAGGAGCACCGCAGCAAAACCCCCCCGAUCUGAGCCCAAGUCUCCGGUAUCUGUGAGCACACGCCUCCGGGAGAGCUGCGCCGAGGAGGUCGGUGCGGGGUUCACCGUCUGCUCGGCGUUUCACCGGGACCAGCGGCGGCCGUGCGCUCCGACCAUGGAGCAGCAGCGGUGAUCCGGAGAAGAAGACGAGCCGCCCCGGACGUUGAGAACAUGGGUUGCUUCGCCGCUGCGGAGGGGAGGGCUUUGCUGUAACACCGGCGGAUCAUGGCAGGGGUUCACGCUUCGGAUGCGGGACAUUUUCUGGAUCCUGCCAUCGGCGCCCCGCCAGCCCAGGGCGCGACCACCGUGGCGGGGAUCACCGGAGACGCGGCCGCGCUGCCUCCCGCCGGCACCCGGACGUACUUGGAGGUGUCGGCCGCUGCCCAGGGCUACGGGGCCGAGGGAGUUUACACCAAUGGACGGUACAGGGAGCACGGCAGCCCGCGGAUCGGGAGUGGCAGCCGCGACAAUUCGGCGGAGAGGAUUCAGGCGGCUGGAAACGCACCUUGCGGCAUCAUGAAGGAUGGAUCCAAGCAGAGGCAGGUGAGGAAGAAGACGGUGUCUUUCAGCUCGAUGCCCAGCGACCGCAAGAUCAACAGCACUGCUGCCUGCAUGGCCUUCAUGAUGGAGGGCUGUGAGAUGAAGAAGGUCCGGUCCAACUCACGUAUGUACAACCGCUACUUCCUGCUGGAUCCAGACAUGCACUGGCUCCGCUGGGAACCGUCAAAGAAGGAUUCAGAGAAGGCCAAAUUGGAAAUCAAAAGCAUCAAGGAGGUCCGAUUGGGAAAGAAAACUCCGGUUUUGCGAAGCAACGGUCUCUCAGAUCAGUUCCCGGAUGAGUGUGCCUUCUCCAUCAUCUAUGGAGAUAAUUAUGAGUCCUUGGAUUUAGUUGCCACCACUGCAGAUGUGGUCAGCACCUGGGUGAUGGGACUGAGGUAUCUGGUGUCUUACGGCCGCCACACAGUCGACAUGGUGGAGCCAAGCCAACCAAGCCUACGAACAUCCUGGAUCGGCUCGGUGUUUGAACUGGCAGAUAUGGAAAAGGAAGGGCACAUAGACCUGUUCAGAGCCACCCAGAUCAUCAAGGGACUCAACCCGGGAAUGAAAGAAGCGAGGAUAGAGCUAAAGUUCAAGGAGCUGCAGAAAGCGAAGGACCAGUACGGGGAGGCGAUCAACAUGGACACUUUUGUGGAGGCUUACUGUGAACUCUGCACACGGCCUGAGAUCUUCUUCCUGCUGGUGCAGUUUUCCAGCAACAAAGAGUAUCUGGACAAUAAAGAUCUGAUGCUGUUCGUGGAGGUGGAGCAGGGCGUGGAGGCUGUAACCGAGGAUAUGUGCAGGGAGAUUGUUCAGAAAUUCGAGCCGUCUGCCGAAGGGCGGGAAAGGGGCUACCUCUCCAUCGACGGUUUUACGCACUACCUCCUGUCCUCUGAAUGCCACAUCUUCGACCCGCAGCACAAGCGUGUUUGCCAGGAUAUGACCCAGCCACUCUCGCAUUACUACAUCAACUCCUCGCAUAAUGCCUCCCUCCUGGAAGACCACUUCUGGGGUUCGUCGGACAUCAGCAGCUACAUCCGAGCUCUGAGGAUGGGCUGUCGCAGCAUUGAGGUCAUAGUCUGGGACGGACCCGAUAAUGAGCCUGUUGUGUACGUUGGCAGCUCUGUCGCCUCGCAGUUAGCUUUCUCCAAAGUUAUGGACAUUAUAAACCAGUAUGCUUUUGAAAGCUCUGAGUAUCCCCUGAUUCUCUGCCUGGUGACCCACUGCUGCAUCCCCCAGCAGAGGGUCAUGGCGCAACACAUGAAGAAGAUUCUUGGGGACAAGCUGCACAUCGAUUCACCCAACAAGGAGGAAAACUACCUGCCAUCUCCUGAAAAACUCAAGGGUAAAAUCCUCCUCAAGGGGAAGAAGCUGCCACCCAACUGCACCGAUGCCGAGGGGGAUGUGACAGAUGAGGAGGAAGGUCUGGAAAUGUCCAGAAGAGUUGGAGCUGACGAGAAGGACCACCUGAAUGGUUUAGGCUGUAAGAGGCUCCGACUGUGCAGGGAGCUUUCUGAUCUCGUGUCACUCUGCAAGUCAGUCCAGUUCAGGGACUUUGAGAUCUCUAAGAGGGAGCAGAAAUACUGGGAGAUAUGCUCCCUCAACGAGGUAGAUGCUAACAGGUUUGCCAAUGAAUUCCCAGAAGAAUUCGUCUGCUACAACAAGCGCUUCCUCUCUAGGAUAUACCCUACGCCGAUGAGGAUCGAUGCCAGCAACAUGAACCCACAGGACUUCUGGAAGUGCGGCUGCCAGAUUGUGGCCAUGAACUACCAGACACCGGGCCUGAUGAUGGACCUCAACCUCGGCUGGUUCCGGCAAAAUGGCAACUGCGGGUAUGUUCUGCGGCCAGCCAUCAUGAGGGAGGAGGUGUCAUAUUUUAGUGCCAAUGCUCGGGACUCCCUGCCAGGAGUCUCUGCCCAGCUUCUUCACAUCAAGGUCAUCAGUGGCCAGAAUCUGCCCAAACCUCGAGGUUCCGCCGCUAAAGGCGACGUGGUGGAGCCCUACAUUUACGUGGAAAUCCACGGCAUACCAGCUGACUGCGCUGAGCAACGAACCAAGACUGUGUCCCAGAACGGCGACAACCCAAUUUUUGAUGAGACUUUUGAAUUCCAAAUCAAUUUGCCGGAACUGGCGGUUCUGCGCUUUGUGGUUCUGGAUGAUGACUACAUCGGAGACGAGUUUAUCGGCCAGUACACCAUCCCAUUUGAGUGCCUACAGCCAGGCUAUAGACACGUCCCGCUGCAGUCCCUGACCGGAGAGUUUCUGCCCAAUACAACCUUGUUCGUCCACGUAGCCAUCACCAACCGGCGGGGCGGAGGGAAGGCCCACAAGAGAGGUCUGUCGGUCAGGAAGGGCAGGAAGGCCCGGGAGUACACAACCACCAAGACCACCGGGAUCAAGGUGGUGGACGAACUCUUCAGAGCCUCCACACAGCCGCUCAGGGAGGCAACCGACCUCAGAGAGAAUGUGCAGAAUGCCAUGGUGUCCUUUAAGGAGCUCUGUGGGCUAACCCCCGCAGCCAACAUGAAGCAGUGCAUCCUUACGGUGUCCACGUGGCUGAUGAACAGCGAGCGGUCGCUGAGGGUGACGGUAGACCUGAGUGAGACUUACCCCACCAUGGAGGCUCAGGGUCCGGUACCGGAGCUGCUGCGCAAAGUUCUCAACGCCUACGACAUGAUGAUCCAAACCAGCAGAACACUGAUCGAGUCAGCUGAUGUGGUCUACUCCAAGCUCACACAAGCACAACGGGCAGGUCUGGACUUCCACGAGGACCUGCAUCGCAUCGGGGCGAAGGAGGGUCUGAAAGGUCGGAAGCUUCAGAAGGCCAUGGAGAGCUACGCCUGGAACAUCACCGUCCUGAAGGGCCAGGCCGACCUGCUGAAACACGCCAAGAGUGAAGCUCUGGACACUCUGCGUCAGAUCCACUGUGCAGCUCAGUCCUGUGGCCUCAGCAAGAACGGAGCGGCGUCUCCUCAGCUUCAGCACCAUCCUCACCAUCACCACCACCACCACCACCACCAGCCGCCGCCGCCGCAGAUCCCGCAGCAGCAGCCGCCUCAGAACAAGCCCAACCUGCAGCCUCCGGUCCUGUACCAGCUCCAGACCCACACCGCUCCUCAGGCUUACCUCCACCCCCUUCCCCAGCUGCCGUCUCCCCUUCCUCUGCUGCAAACUCUCGCCAAACCGCCGGCGUACCCCCAGCCUCCCCCGAUACCGCAGUUCCAGUUCCAGAGCCAGCAGAGGGCGGCGGGAAACCUCGACAGCAUCCCCGAGAAAGACAAAGAGCUGGUCAGUGACAAUCCUGCGGGAUCCUGCUGACCCGCAGCCUGUGCCCACAGAGAACCCGACCCGAAGGCGGAGGCAGGAAAGCAGAAGGGCGUGGAGGAAGAGAAACAGCAGGACGGAAAGGAAAAGGAGCUGGAGGAGGUGGCGGAGAGAAUCAGGGAGAUGAUGAUGGCGAGGAAGGUUCGGCGAGUCAGAAGCGAGACGCGAGUUUGAAAAGAGACGUCACACUUCAGUCACACAUUUCUAAGCAGCAUCGGAUUUAGAAGAUAAUCGUCCAUCUGAGCCAGAAAGUUUACAUCGCUUCAGUCUUCUCUCCUGGGUCCGUCCACGACAAAUCAAUCAGAUCCUCUCUCCUGAUGUUUCAUCUGCAGUAACUUUAGUAGAUUUAAUGAAGCCAUGCAAAGUUGUACCUUCAUGCCAUGAAUAUGUUCACAGCUACAGGCCCUUGAAGGACACAGAAGUGGACAUUUCUCACUUUUUAUUGGACUUUUUCCAUCUUCUCUGAGCCUCAUCACUUCAUCAGCACAGCAGACAGACACAUGACAUUUUCAGGGCUCAAAAACACAUCUGAGUUCUGUCAAAAACUGCAAACAAAUCAGUUUUACACCCAUCCAGGUGUCACAAUCUGAACAGUAAAUCUGUUCAUUUUUUAAAAAGUAAUAAUCUAUCUAAUAUAUUUCACGAACAAGAAAGUGCUUUCUAAAAAUUUGUUUGUCUUCUGUGAUUUGCGAGAUCCUCAGUUUAUAUAAAAAA